AAGUGCCGCCAGAUCGGAGGAUGACGCUUCCUUGUCUGAUGAUGCACAAACGGUGAGGAAAGAAGUUGCCGAUAACAAGCAGAGAGAUCAACCAACCCAAGCCUCUGUGGGCAUCUCCAACACAGCAAAUGGCGCAGCAAAUCCAAAAUCACAUGCCUCUGAAAGCAAGGGGCAAGAACAGCCCGCAGUAGCAACUGAGGGGGGCGCGAGCUCUGGUGAGAAUGAGGGGACGACGGGAGGAGCUGAUGGGCAAGAGGAAGAUGUCCAGCCACAGGAUGGGGAAGCAAAGGCUGCGGCACUCGGCCCCGCACUCAAAAGCAGUCUCGGAAAUUCGUCGGAGCGGGAUGACGGCGUUGCUGGCACCAUGCGUGAGAGCAGGGUGCUGCUGCCGCCGCUUUUUCUGCUGUUGGGACUCUGGGGGUUCGCGGCUCUGUGA